CGGCCGGAAAGUCUAAAUAUAGACGCUACGGAGGACUCCCUAUUAUACUACGCGUCUCGUUCUCGAUGAUAACACAAGUGUAGAUGUCAGUGUACUUGAUAUCUCACAACGUUUUAGAGCGUAGAAGAAAAAAGGGAUGGCGCUACCGGCGGUCUUCCUGCCAGGCCGCCGGUCCCCCGCGCCAUCCUCGCCAUAUUGUUUUGUUGUGCUCGAGAUUUCAGAACGUGUGGCGUAGAAAAUCUCAGAAACAAAUUCGCAAAAAUGUCUAAAACGAAGAAAAGGAAACAUUCAAGGUCAAGAUCAAGAGAAAGAUCAAGGAAUGAUGAUAGGAAGCGUAAUGCGACCGAGGAAAAGCUCGAAAAAUUACGAGAAAAAGUAGAUAACCUCACCACGGUGAUUACGACGUUAAUACAGGCACGGGAAAAGCAUAAGGCUUCAGAUCGAUCAUCUCCGGAAACCAGCGAAGUAAUUAUAAACAACACUGACCUAUCAAGGACAGAUGAAGUGGAGUUAACAACGGAUGCGGACACAGUUCCAAACAGUCUCGCCGAAAAAGAAAACAUUUCCGAGGAAAUGUCGAAAAUGUUAGGGGAAGAUCAAGAUGCAAAAAAAUUGAUCGAAGUAAAGUUCCAUUCCGAAUUACAACUUAGAUGGCAGAAAUGGAUGAGAGAUGGAUUGCCCGAAGGGAAUAAAAAAGCAAUCCUGGAGAUGUACCCGAGAAAAGGGGACCUUUUCUCGGAAACCCCAAAAAUAAAUUUGGAAAUAUUACCUGCCUUAACGGAAAUAGCGACUAAGAGAGAUCAACAUUUUGCCGAAACGCAAAAUUGUGUAGGAUCGGCCAUUGCAGCAUUAGCAGCGGCAGUGUCCAUGCUGCUAGAAGGACCUGAAGAAGGCAUAGAUCAGGAGAAAUUUACAAAGUAUCUAUGUGAUGUGGGACAACUGUUAACCGAGGUUUAUCACCAACAAUCGUUAUCAAGAAAGGCUUUCAUUACACCUCUGAUGAAUAAAGCAGUAAAACCAACAUUGGAAGCAGCAAAAUCAGAUCAAUGGUUAUACGGCGAAAAGUUUGGAGAGCAAGUAAAAGAAGCGAAAUCGCUAGAAAAAGCCUGCGCUAAUAUUAAAGCUCCGGAAAAAACUUCAAAUUUGCGACAAUCUCUAAGACCUUGGAAUCAGGGAAACGCGAGAUUCCCACCUGUCAAAUAUCGACAGGUGGGUUAUCAACGAUACCAGCAGAGGCCGUAUCAACGGAGGAAUACGAUUCGUUUCAAACCGAAGGAUCAGAAAGCGACGCACUCAUCAAAGAAAUCCAGCAGUCAGACGACGACGAGCCGGUCAUCGUCGAAGAAAUAAGGGCAAAGGACGCAUCCAUUGGCAACGAAACUGUCAUUAAUGGCAGGGCAGUUAUCAGGAAAGCUUUUCUGCAAAAAGGAGUCACAGAAGACUCAGUGGACAUCAUGGUAAACUCUAUAACACCUUCAACCCUCAA